AUUUUAGACUGUUGUUAUUCACAAAAUGGUUCUUAGUACUAGAUAGAUAUGCCAUCUUCCUUUUUAACUAUUUUGUUAAAUAAGUUCUUUGGUUACGGUUUUUUUCGGGAAAAAGUGCAAGCCUUAUGAAAUACAAAUUAUUCAUUGUCCAAAGAGAUGGAAUUUAUGUAAAAAACACGUUUCUGAAGCACAAAAAAUCUUGUUUGUUUAGAAGGGAUGUCGGCUGUUGGCCUUAAUAAUUUGAAUCAAAUUGUAUUGCAUCUUUGAAAUUUUAGUCGGGGAAAAGCGACUUAUUAACAUUUUGUAAAGCAAAAAAAUGCGAGUUCUUGAAAAAAAUAGGUUCCUUCCACCAUCUUUCCUUACCCCAACUUUUUUUCCUUGGCAAUGUAAUACUUUAAAAAACCUAUCACUUGAUAAGGGGCUAUGCUCGAAACGUCAUUUAUUACAAAAAAAUUUUCCUGGUACAAUUUACUUACAUUUAUCGUUAUUAUAGCAUCAUAUUGUACUACACGCAAGCUAGUAUAUUUAUAAUACCUUUAAAAAGCCCAAAUAAAUCAGGUGACGUAACAAUUGGAUAAUUCGCCAAUUUGACGUAACAAUUACGGACUGGGUCGAAAUCAUUAAAAGUGGCGUUUGACAAAAUAUCAACGGAUUUUUCUCAAGUUUCAACUACUGUUCGAAGCUAAUCAGAGUGCUGCUCGAUAUUUGAAAAGACUCAAAGUUAAAAACCCACGAUGGAAAACAAUUCUAUUCGUUGUCAAAUGGGAGAGGAAAGCAAAGAUCAAGGAGACUCCAGGUAUGAUUGAUUUUUAUGUAAAAAAAUGAUAAAAGAACAAGAGAACUAAUGAUUGAUUUAGGCUUUGUUCUUCAACUUGGAAUGUGAAAGAUGUCAUUUUUUUCCAGGAAAUUUUGGAUCAUUGAUUCAGCUAGAGUAAGUGGAUCCGAAGAAGAAGAAUUCUCUGACAGUCCACUCAAUGAUCAAAGGGAACAAGUCAGCCAAGUUUCUGAAGUGUCCACUGCUCUUGAAAAUGUCGAAGAAUCGUUCUCUAAGACACAACCAAACAUCUAUUGGGAUUCAGACGACUCAGAGUUUCUCGAUAUGAUAGAUUGCUUGCCAGAAGACGCUCGUCUGUCAUACUAUAAACGCAUGAAACUUCCAAGAGGCAUCAGAGAGCAACGGUUGUUAAAUCAAUCAAGAGGCCUGAAAAGAAAGAAAUCCUCACAAAACAAGGCUGGUGAGUCCAAGUGUCGAAGAAAAGAAAUUAUCUAUUCACAGAGGAAAUACUGUCAAAGUUAUGAGGAUGAAGAAGAUCAUUCAGGAUAUGAUACUGACAGUGAAGAUGAAGAUGAUUCUGGAAAGAGCAUGCAUUCUGAAAUUGUAGAGGAAGGCAACUCUUUGCUUGAAGCACCUAAACAUGCCAUCACUUCGGCUGCUGCUGAUCAGGUUGGAGCCUCAGAAGAUGUUGAUGAUGAUGAAUCUGACUACCCAGAAUUCGAUUCAGACUUCGAAGUCGACGAUCCGAUGUUCUUCAGAGAUGAUGACACAAUGCCUUUACCUGAUUUUGAGCCAAUGGUGGAUAUGAAUGAAGAAAAUGACGCCGGUGAAGAUCGUCUUUACAGGCGAGAACGCGAUGAAGAUGACCUUGAUGAAGACAGCGACGAUGGAUACGAAUCAGACCAAGAGGACGCAAGAAAAGGUUUUGCUCUGAUACCAACACAGCAAGGCAUGGCCAUCAGAUUCAAGAACUUUCAAUCAAUCGUACCAUAUCUAAACUCCUUGCUGCCAGGGCAGCUUAGCCAGAGCGGAGUCUUAAACUUGCACUAUCAUCCUUCAACAUAUCCAUUCACGAGAAAUUCGCUCUACAAUUUCCAACGCAACAUCGCUGCUGCUUUUCAUCAACCAUUGAUAGAUGAAGUUAUAGUUAUUGACAGCGAUUCGGAAGAUGAAUCUGAUGAAGCUGUAACUAUCGACAGUGAUUCUGAAGAUGAAACGAAUGAGGUAAAAACUAUUGAAAGUGAUUCAGAAGAUGAAUCUCAAGAAGAUGAUUUGCCUCAGCAACAAAUUGACAACAGGGAGGAUGUAUCUGCAGGAAAUGCUUCUUACGACUCAUUACCACGAUAUGACUCUGGAAACAUUGAACAUGAAGAGUUGAUCGAUGAAGCAAUUGAUGGGUCUGUUGAAAACCUGAACUCACAGGGAGUGACAUUGGAGAACCUUAUAUUAGAAGAGCAGCCACAACAUCAGUGGUAUCUUGAUAGCAGUAUUAGCCCGUUGGUGCAAAGCAGUCUUGUAAACGAACAACCAAAUGAAGUUUUCCUAGCAGAGAAUCCGGCCUCUGAAAAUAUGCCACCUUGCUGUGAUGCAGAAUGCCAAACUGAUGAUAAUUUGGAAGAUCUCGAGGAAGAAGAGUGUUACCUCUGUGAAAUAGAUCAAUAUCGAUAUUAUGGUCAGGAAGAGGUAUGUCAAAAAAGAAUGAGGUUUUGCUUGGAUAUCUUAUUUGAAAGUUAACCUCUGAUGAACUCAGUAUAACUGUAAGAUUAAUAUUAUACGUUUCUUUAAUUUGAUUAUAUAAGGAUCCUAAAGAAAAACAAUUCGAGAUAAAAACUGCGUAGACUUUUCAAGAAAGUUGAUAUUUUCUCUUUACUUUCCAAAAUAACUUUCAAUCGUCCCGCGAUGAACUACAGAUCCAACAUUGAUUCGGGGAAAAGUGGGGAUUCGAAUUAACAGGGUCAACGCAAAGUUAUAAAUGGUAAAAACUAAAUUUUGACUCAACAAUUUUAUCCGGGAUUCUAAACACAACCUACAAUUUAUAGUACUCUAACAAGUUGGAAACAGCACCGUGACCGAUUAAAGCAGUAUUCCUGACUUUGAAAGCUAUAUGUAAAUAUAGUCCUCUGACCUAGUAAAGUAUGGUGGAAUUGGGGUUUUCCUCGAUUUUAGAGAUAACAGUUCUGUAUUAGUUAAAUUUGUGAUGAAAUGGACUCAAAACAUUAAUCUCCAAUUGCAGGUAGAACGCGGCCUUCCUGAAAGAAUCUCUUUCGAGCAACAAUAUGGUAGCACCGACCAACAACAAUUGAAUAUCAGGGGCAUGGAAACAAAUUACGUCAAAAGAAGUUAUGAAUCGCAUCCUACCCUCGAAGAAUCAGACGAACAUAGUGUUCACUCUUAUGAAGAGAGACGUAGGAUGUCAGAGAGAGAGCUCACAGGUAGUCAGACAGAAGUGAUUGACUGUUCUUGUUCCAGCAACCGAUGCAGUGAAGAUUGUUUCAUAGAUCAAUGCAGUG